GUUGUGAAUCGCUUGACCGUUUAUUUUCCCUUUUGAACCUACUCGGCACCUGUAGUUGAGUUGGCAGCUCAAUUGUUUUGUUUUGGUGGUCAAGUUGGAAGUCUACUUCGAGCUGUGACAUCAUGUCUGACAAAAGUGAGCUGAAAGCGGAACUCGAAAGGAAGAAGCUACGUUUGGCACAAAUCCGGGAGGAGAAAAGAAGGAAGGAGGAGGAGCGAAAGAAGGCGGACCAACAGCAGAAAGACGUUUCACAACAGCAGGAUGACUCCGACCUGGAGAAAAAAAGACGAGAAGCUGACGCUCUUCUGCAAAGUAUGGGGAUAACACCAGAUGCUGCAGUUGCCCCUCCUCCCAUGACUCCUGCUCCCAAAUCAGCGGAAACUCCUAGUGAAACCGGCAGCCAGGACUAUGAUGGAGCCGUGGGACCCAGGACUCUGCACUGGGACUCUGACCCGUCCACUCUUCAACUUCACUCUGAUUCUGAGCUGGGGUACUGGACACUCUCUUCUCUCCUUUCCUGGCGCGUGACUCCAAAACUGGGAAUGGCCAAAGUCACACAGGUGGACUUCCCACCACGUGAAACAGUGUCCUACACCAAGGAGACUCAGACACCAGCCCCCGCCCAGGCUAAAGAAGAGGAAGAAGAGGAGGAAGAAAUUGCUCCAGCUCAACCAGUAGUCGAGAACCAAACUGAGACACUGUACCAGAAAGAAGUAGAAGAAGAAGCCCCGCCGCAUGAGCUGACCGAGGAGGAAAAACUCCAGAUCCUCCACUCUGAGGAGUUUGCUAACUUCUUCGACCAGAGCACCCGCAUUAUCGAGCGAGCACUCUCCGAGCACGUGGACAUCUUAUUUGACUACAGCGGUCGUGACCUGGAGGACAAGGAAGGGGAAAUUCAGGCGGGAGCAAAGCUUUCACUGAACAGGCAGUUCAUGGACGAGCGCUGGUCCAAACAUCGGGUCGUCACCUGUCUGGACUGGUCUCCGCUGUAUCCUGAGCUCCUGGUCGCCUCCUACAACAACAACGAGGAGGCUCCACACGAACCAGACGGCGUGGCUUUAGUCUGGAACAUGAAGUACAAGAAAGCCACGCCAGAAUACGUCUUCCACUGUCAGUCGGCCGUGAUGUCUGCGGCAUUUGCAAAGUUUCACCCAAACGUCGUGGUUGGUGGGACGUACUCUGGGCAGAUCGUUCUGUGGGACAACAGGAGCAAUAAGAGGACCCCAGUGCAGAGGACCCCGCUCUCAGCAGCAGCACACACGCACCCGGUGUAUUGUGUGAACGUAGUCGGCACGCAGAACGCCCACAACCUGAUUAGCAUCUCAACGGACGGCAAGAUCUGCUCCUGGAGUCUGGAUAUGCUCUCCCAGCCGCAGGACAGCAUGGAGCUCGUCUUCAAGCAGUCCAAAGCCGUCGCCGUCACCUCCAUGUCCUUCCCUUUCGGAGACGUCAACAACUUUGUGGUGGGCAGCGAGGACGGCUCCGUCUACAUGUCGUGUCGUCAUGGAAGCAAAGCGGGGAUCAGCGAGAUGUUUGAGGGCCACCACGGCCCCAUCACCGGGAUCCACUGCCACACAGCUGCAGGGCCGCUGGACUUCUCCCACCUGUUUGUCACCUCAUCCUUCGACUGGACCGUCAAACUGUGGAGCACCAAGAAUAACAAGCCGCUCUACUCAUUUGAAGACAAUUCCGACUACGUGUAUGACGUCAUGUGGUCUCCCACUCACCCGGCUCUGUUUGCAUGCGUGGACGGCAUCGGCCACCUGGACCUGUGGAACCUGAACAACGACACUGAGGUCCCCACUGCUAGCGUUGUGGUGGAGGGGAGCCCGGCCCUCAACAGGGUCAGAUGGGCUCAUACCGGGAGAGAGAUCGCAGUGGGAGACUCCGAUGGACGCGUUCUUGUUUAUGAGGUUAAAGAGCAAAUUGCAGUUCCGCGAAACGACGAGUGGACGCGCUUCGUCUGCACGCUGGCAGAGAUCAACGAGAAUAGAGACGACGCGGAGGAGCUGGCCGCUCAGCGUCUGGCUGCGUGAGCUCGUCUCUGCGGCUCGCUGCGGCGUUUAAGGGAUCAGCUGGGUGCUCGUUACUGUCGGCCCUGUUUUCUGACCACAUGACUGUAGGAUGAAAUAUUUUCCGAUUUCCAUCACCAGUCUUCCUCAAAUAGAGAUCCAAGCAGCAGGGUUAUCAAACAGCGACGCAAACAUGAAGCCAUUUAUUAAAAAAUAAAUAAAUUUAAAAAAUGGUCGUCUUCUCUUCAACCAGAUGCCUUAAUGUUUAUCUGUAAAAUCUUUACCUGUCAGUAUGUUGGUGCAUGUUGACGAGAGCCUUAACUUUUGUGUUUUUCAAGCCAAAUAGAUGCACCACUGCACAAACUCAGAAAUGUCAGUCAUGCUCUAGUUGUUCUAUUUCUAUUAAAGUUAUGAUGAACCAACCAGGUCUAAAAUAAUCCAGUGGUGUGAUCAUUUCAGAGGUUUUCUUUCACUCACCUUGGACUCGAAGGUCAUAUUAACUACAGGCUUUUAAUGAUAAACUGAACCACUCAGUUUCAGCAUAGAAUGAUUACUAAACAUCAGUACAUGCAUACAUGUACACUUUUUUUUUUAUAUAGACAUCUGCAAGCUUCUUUCUUAUAUAUGGAUCUUUUAUCUCAAACUAAUUUAAAUUGGUUGAUUUCUCAGCAUGAACAUUUUAAAUUUGAGUUAGGUUGGGUCCUUUCCAGAAGUUUGAUGUUGGCCUGGUUUUUCUGUUCCAAAGCCAGUUCUGAUGUGUGGUUUUUGUCCAAGUUUCAAUUUUCUGUUGAUUUCAGGUUAAUUAAAGAAUCUGGAUACAUG